AAGCCCAAAAUGUCUUCUGAAGCUAAAAGACUUUUCAACAUCAUUAUUUUGGGGCUCUCGUUUAUGUUUAUAUUCACUGCUUUCCAGACAUGUGGAAACAUCGCGCAAACUGUUAUCACAAAUUUAAACAGCACAGACUUCCACGGCAGUGGCUACACAAGCAUGUCCAUUAUUUAUGGAGUAUUCUCUGCAUCAAAUCUUCUCUCACCUUCAGUGGUUGCAAUAGUAGGACCUCAACUCUCCAUGGUUGUUAGUGGCAUAUUUUAUAGCCUAUAUAUUGCAGUCUUUAUCCAACCUACUACAUGGGCUUUCUACACUGCUUCUGUUUUUAUUGGCAUUGCAGCUGCUGUCCUCUGGACAGCACAGGGAAAUUGCUUGACUGUAAAUUCUGAUGAAAACACCAUUGGAAGGAACAGUGGAGUAUUUUGGGCACUCCUGCAGUUCAGCUUGUUUUUUGGAAACCUCUAUAUAUACUUUGCUUGGCAAGGAAAAACUCACAUAUCAGAGAGCGAUCGCAGAACUGUCUUCAUUGCUCUGACUGUUAUCAGUCUUGUGGGCACAGUUUUGUUCUUUCUGAUUAGGAAACAAGAGGACACAAAAACUCCAGGGGAGGAGGAUUCUGCUAAUGAAAUCCUGGGGGACAGCUCGUCUGCACACAACAGGAUGCUGAGAGCAGUGGCUGCCUUCAAGAAAUCUAUUACACUGAGCUUCACGAAAGAAAUGAUGCUUCUCAGUGUCACAACAGCCUACACAGGUUUGCAAUUAACAUUCUUUUCUGGAGUGUAUGGAACAUGCAUUGGUGCUGUGAACAGGUUUGGCAGCGAAGAGAAAAGCCUCAUUGGUCUCUCUGGUAUUUUUAUUGGUGUUGGAGAAAUCUUGGGUGGAGGAAUCUUUGGUUUGCUGAGCAAGAACAGUCGCUUUGGCAGGAACCCAGUGGUGAUGUUGGGCAUCCUUGUCCACUUCAUAGCCUUUUAUUUAAUUUUUUUCAACAUGCCAAAUGAUGCUCCUAUUGCUCCUAUGGAAGGAACAGAUGAAGUUGCUUAUAUGAUUCCAAGCAAAGAGGUGGCCAUGCUCUGCAGCUUCCUGUUGGGGCUGGGGGACAGCUGCUUCAACACUCAGCUCCUCAGUAUCUUGGGGUUCCUGUACUCAGAAGACAGUGCUCCUGCCUUUGCCAUCUUUAAAUUUGUCCAGUCCAUCUGUGCUGCAGUUGCCUAUUUCUACAGCAACUACUUCCUCCUGCAGUGGCAGCUCCUGAUCAUGGUGGUCGUGGGCUUCUUUGGGACAAUUACCUUCUUCACAGUGGAGUGGGAAGCAGCAGCAGCUCUUGCUGCCCGUGGCUCAGACUACAGCAGCAUUUGA